AUGGUUUACGAAAGGCCCUACGAUGAGCUCCGAGACGCCAGCAAAUACGACUUCAUAUCCGAGCUUAGUCCAGGAGUCUGGAAGAUAUGUCGCAAGGCAGACCGAAUAGAAUAUCUUGCUCAUGAUAUCACCAGCGGGCUAACAUCAAACCCAUCUAAUCCCGCAGAAGGUGGCCCCAACGAGUUGCAGCUCCUUCUGACAUCAGAAAAAACCAACAUCAUCGAACCUCUCAAGGUUAUAUUGAAUCACGGGCAUAUGGUCUCUUUCGUAGAUCUGUUCUCGGUUCAACGAUCUGACGCCAAAGGUCAACCCGGUCACCGACAGUAUGCCGUCUGGGAGUUUUGCGAUGCUGGAAAUCUAGGGAACCUAUUCGUCCUUGGACAACGGAGAUUUCCGAAGAUGCCUCAGCCUAUUGACGAGGGUGAUUGGGAUGACCUAGAUCACGACGAAGUCCUUCCUUUUGAGUUGGAUGGUGUGCUGGCCAAGGAUGACUUGAAGAGGAAGACGAGGAGCACCGCAGAAAAUAUGUUCUUGCCAGAAUCAUUUUGUUGGCACGUUCUUGUUUCUGUCAUGAGGGCCCUAUCAUGGUUGCAUGAGGGUGCACGGACGGUUCCACCCAACAAAGAAGGCAAAUGGGACUUCGUCCCUGAUGCAAACUGGGAACCUAUUCUACAUCGGAAUAUCGUCCCCGAGAACAUAUACUUCAUGCAUCCUAGACGCAACGAGUGGUAUGGGAGCUGCAAGCUAGGUGAUUAUAGCAACGCGUUCAUAUCCGGUCACCAAAAUGGAUACCAAGACAAGCCUGAGCAGAUACGAGAUCGGAGUGAAGCCUUGGCCCCGCCUCGGACGGAACACUUUCAACAUCUCGACGAACUCAUUGCACAAGAUGAAAAAAUCGGCCAUCACUAUCCUCAGCUUCCAACCCAGCCCUACACCAGAGUUAGCGAGGUGAGGGCGGUUGGCGAAAUCGUGCAAGCGAUGAUGGUACCUCCUACCAUUCUUCAAGGCUACCACGUCGCUGAGAUACGCACGAAGACAGUAAUGAAUAACCUGGAAGAUAUGAAUUACUCGCCUAUACUAAAAAAUUUGUUAAUAUGGAUAAUGAGUUUUAAUCCGGACGAGAAGGAAAACGGAGAGUACAAGUGGAACGAACGCCAUCGGAACUAUUCCACUUCCAUCAUGUGCACUCGUGUCCAUCUGCGUUACGAAGAGUGGCUGAACUCUAACCACCCGGAAGCAAGGAGGUUCAUCACUUUCGACAACGAGUUGGUACAACAAAAGUAUGAAGAUGAUGUACAGCUGGCUCAGAACAUUGAACAUCAAAGGGAAAUCGAUAGGGUCCUGGCGAAGCAAGAUAAUAUGUUCGAGGUAUUUUAUGGGAAACCGGAGGAAGAAGAGGAGGUUGAUAUCUCAAUUACUGCUAGUUCGGGGGCGGGCUUUACUCAUUCUACUCAUUCUUCAUAAUCCUUACUAGUAUUAAAUAACGUCGGCAUACCACACUUUGGAAAGUAUCUACAGUAUUAGGUAUAAAACUUGGCGGGUAUAACACCAUAAUGCACCCGCUAGCAGGAAUCUAGGUCGUUAUCUGGAUGUG